CGCCCCUAGCGUCACAGAACCGUACAACGUCAUCACCGGGCGACAGGAGCGUAAACAAGCCACAGAUCACAUUCUGAAUUUAAAAAGAAAGUAAAGCAUUUAAAUAUGCCCAAAGUGGUGUCUCGAAGUGUGGUGUGCUCAGACACCCGUGACAGAGAGGAGUAUGAUGACGGAGAGAAACCCCUGCACGUGUAUUACUGCUUGUGUGGUCAGAUGGUCCUCGUUCUGGACUGUCAGAUAGAGAAAUUACCCAUGAGGCCACGGGACAAAGCCAGAGUGAUUGAUGCAGCAAAACACGCCCACAAGUUCUGCAACGUGGAGGAAGAUGAGACUGUGUAUUUGAAAAGAUCAGAGGGCAUCGAAAAACAGUUUCACAAAAAAUGUGGGAAGUGUGGUCUGCUCUUGUUCUAUCAGCAUCAGAUGAAAAGCACUCCAGCGACAUUCAUCGUGGAUGGAGCGCUGGUGAAGUUCGGCCAGGGAUUUGGCAACACAAGCGUAUACAGCCAGAAACAAGAAGCACCGAAGAAAGUCAGGGUUAUGAUGACAAAGCGCACCAAAGACAUGGGCAAGUUCAGCUCUGUUACUGUUUCAACCAUCGAUGAAGAAGAGGAAGAGAUUGAAGCUCGGGAGGUGGCAGAUUCUUAUGCCCAGAAUGCCAAAGUGAUUGAGAAACAGCUGGAGAGGAAAGGAAUGAGCAAGAGACGACUUCAGGAACUGGCGGAGCUUGAGGCGAAGAAAGCCAAGAUGAAGGGAACUCUCAUUGACAACCAGUUCAAAUGAAGAUUGUGUGUAAAUGAGAGAGACAGAGCAAAUGAAUGAGUCGUCUCAUCUAACUGCCGGAGAGUGUGUGUAUUUGUGCAGUUUUGUGUGUAUGGAAGAAGGAGAGUAUUGUUUUCUUUCUUUUUUUAUUACAGAUUUAUUUAAAUGUUUGAAUGGUAAAAAUGAUUUUCAUGCUAUUUUUCAUUUAAUAAAACAACUGAUUUUUUUUUAUGUCAGCUGGGAAAAUAAUUGUUGCCUUUUAUUAGAUAUAGACAUGUGCGGUCUAUAGAGUUUGUAGGACUUGAGUUUCUCUGACAUGUCAUUUCAAGGCUACUGUGUUUGUGUAAUGUUUGGAAUAGCGUUUUUUUCUUCUUCUCUCUGUCCUUCAACACAGCAUGUGUUCAUGGUCAUAUUCACACAUGUUCAGUUCAGUUUUGUGAGCAAGAUCGAUCAAGCAAAUCACUGGAAGUGCCAUGUGGACAGAACCUAGAGAACCUCUGAAGAGUGAUGAUCUGCACCUGCAGGAAGAAAGCUGUGUGUAUUUGUACGGCUGGGCCAGUGUUUCUCAGUCCAAUGCGGUCUGUGAUUAAUAAUCAGAUUCUGGAUCAGUGAACAGUAGAUGAGCAUUACUUCACACCUGCACAGACCCCAGUGAGACAUUGUACCUGCGCAGGUGCAGCUAACUGCCCCUCAUGCUGGUGGACAGGCACCAUACCACGCCAUCUAUAAUGAACCAACCAGCCGCUGCUGACAUAUGACCAGAUUAUGACCCUAAAUAAGACAAACGCAAAUGGUUUUGAGAACGGACAUGUGGAUUAUUAUCUGUGUCUGGUUGCACGUUACAUAUGAAGUCUUUGUCUUUUCAUAUAAUCAGUGUAGCAGUUAUGUAUGUUGUAAAUAGGAAAAGGAACAGAUGUAAAUGAAGGGUUGAUUUAAAUGUCUUCAUUAGAUGCUUAUUAAAACAAAAAUUCUAUUUUGGGAAA